AUGUCAAGAAAGAACGAACCCAAUUCACAACGCCUGAACGAAGUUCUUGACGACCUUUGCAUGCGCUUUCUUGUAAACCUACCAGCCGUCGAAUACGAGUCAUUCGAAAGGUUGUUUUUCGCCAUAGAAUCAGCUCACUGGUUCUACGAUGACUUUUACAGAGAACAUGACAAGUCUCUUCCACGUUUGCAACUGAAGCAGUUCGCGGCCAGACUUUUCAAACACACCGCGCUCCUACAUCACUACCACGACGAUGUAGACCGACUCACCGCUCAAUUCCAGUCAUAUAAGCAGGAAGUGCCAACAUGUGGGGCAGCACUGAUAAAUCCCACAAUGGACAAAGUCGUCGUGGUACGCGGUUGGGGUCAGAAUGCACGGUGGGGCUUUCCAAAAGGCAAACUCUCUAAAGAUGAAACAGAGCUCCAAGCCGCCACUCGCGAGGUCGACGAAGAAACCGGUUUUGACAUGGGCCCACACGUUGACGAAAAUACCCCGUACGUUGACUCUAUGUCUGGCGGUCGGUACAGUCGCAUAUUCAUGGUUCCCAACAUCCCAGAAACGACCGUGUUUCAAACAAAAACCCGCAAGGAGAUUUCAGAUAUCAAAUGGGUUUCGCUGACCGCCCUACCAGAGUCUCCGAAGGCCUCCAAAUCACCACAAAUCGUCCUUCUCACCGCAAGCGGGCCCGUGCGAACCCAGAAAGCCCAAAAGAUAUAUUUUUCGCAAUAUGGGGUCGCGCCGUACACAAAGCGUUUGCGAUCCUGGGUCGCUCGUCGGAAAGAGGCACUGCAGCAAAAGCAACAGCACGAAUGCGGCCCGGUCUCGGCCCCGCUCGAGUCAUGGGCACCGCACAUCCCAGAUGACAGUAAGCUGCAAUCGCCAGAGGCACCAGUGACUGGCCACAUCGUAUCCAGCCCGGUUUUGUCCGUUGCUGCGCUUGAAGCGACAAUAGCAGAUCGGCAAGGUCGAGAGACAGGAACUCCGGCCCGAACUGCGAGGAGCCGGCCCAAACCACCAGAUGCCAAUAAAAAGGACUCUGCACGGAAAUCGAGAAAUAAAGGGAUGACUUCUGGGAAUGAGGACGUUCUCAAUCGCGCUACGUUUGGUACGGCUGCUGGGUCCAGGAUGAAUGACUCAGAGCGACAGAAAUUAUUUCGCAACUACGUCAUAGAGACCGACCGGAUUGCAGCAGAGAGAGGGCUUCAAGACGAGUUUUGGCCAGUUCCUUACGUCACCAGCAAAGACUUCGCAACGGAGCUGCCGAUCACCCUUGAAAACCCCGACUCCAGCAAGCAGGCGUCGCGAGCAAUUCUGAAAGACGUUCUGGUUCCCAGGGACCCGAAUGGGCUCUUCUCUAGAAGCGUCGCUCGGAAGACCAAUUUUUUUAACGCCUGGGCAGAGCAAAAUGCAAGGCCUCAACAUCGUGAAAAGUUCUCCUUCGACCGAGAUGCAAUCAUGGCGUGUCUUAGCAGACAAGAUGUAAUCUAGGCGUCGCCGAUCAAUUACAUCUCAUCAUGAUGGCCGCUGUUUAAUAGCACCUCACAUUGUGAGGAUGUAAAUAUUCAAUUCAACAUUGAGCCUGUCGUGCGGCCCAUCCUU